UUCAGUGAUUAUGAGCUUCACUUUAAACAACGGAAAACCUUCAAUCGACAAAAAGGGUCGAAGGAUUCUUGUUACUGGUGGAAUUGGGUUUAUUGGUAGUCAUGUGGCAAAACGUUUACAUGAUCGUGGAGACUAUGUCCGAGUUAUCGAUACUUUAGCAACAUCUGGAACAACGAGUCUGUUCGGAAACCCUGAAAAUUAUUGUUCGGAAUUCAUUCAGGGUAAUUUGCUAAACCCAUCAGUAUGCCGUCAAGCCGUAAAAGGGUUUCAAUGGGUUUUUCAUUUCGCUGCAUAUAUGGGUGGAAUGGGAACGAUUCAUGAGGAAAACAAUUUUUUCAUAUACCGUAAUAAUCAUACGGUAUCGAUAAAUAUCAUACAAGCUGCCAUUGAGGAAGGGGUAGAACGACUUUUUUUCGCGUCUUCCGCAUGUAUUUAUCCGAAUAAAAAGCAACUUAAUCCAUAUGAUCAGGAUUUAAAACUAAACGAAGCUAGUGCUUGGUGCUACCAAGAUUAUGAGUCGGGUCCUGAUCCGCAAGGCCUUUAUGGUUGUGAAAAACUAAAUAGUGAGAUUUUGCUAUCCGAAUUCGCAAAAAGUAACGAGGAAAACUCAACAAAAAUAAGGAUCGGUCGUUUUCAUAACGUAUUUGGCGAGGGGGGCGUCUGGGUUGGAGGAAAAGAAAAGGCUCCUGCUGCAUUAAUUCGUAAAGCUGUUUGUGCAGCUAUUGAUGGAAACUAUGAGAUGGAAAUCUGGGGUUCCGGAAAUCAGCGUCGCAGUUUUUUGUAUAUCGAAGAUUGCGUUGAUGCUACCAUUAAGUUAAUGGAAAGCGAAUAUUCUAGACCAUUAAAUAUCGGAUCUGAGGAUGCCAUUACUAUAAAGGAAUUGGGUUAUAUUGCUUUUGAAACCGUUGGGAUUAAACGCGACCAAGUCAAGCUAAUUACGGAUGAAACAAAGCCUGUCGGUGUACAAAAUCGAAAUUCUGAUAAUACUUUGGUUAGAAAGAUAUUGGGAUGGUCGCCCAAAAUUUCGAUUCAGGAAGGUAUGAAAAGAACUUCUGCAUGGAUAAAAAGUGAAAUUGAGAGAGAAAUCAAAAAUUGUAGAAACGAGUCAGCACGAAAAGACUU